ACUUCAGAACCUUCCUCACUCUUUCUCUCUUCUAUAAACCAAAACCCUUUUUAUUCACCAACAAUCAUUCUCAUUCUUCACUCUCACUCAUGGCUCAAGACAGAAACCAAAGCGAUGCAUUCACACGCAGAUUCAACCAGAAUCCAAACCCUAAACCCCAAGACUUCGACGCCAAAGGCUACAGCCUCAGCGGCAAAAUCAUGCUCUCCGCGAUAAUCCUCCUCUUCUUCGUCGUCCUCGUCAUGCUCUGCCUCCACAUAUACGCGCGCUGGUACCUCCGCCGCGCGCGCCGCCGCCACCUCCGCCGUAUCCGCCGCACGCAGCUCGUCUUCCACAACGACGCUGUCCACCCCGCCGCCGUCCCCCGCGGCCUCGACGCCGCCGUGCUCGCCUCGCUCCCCGUCUUCUCCUACGACCCCAAGGCCCACCCGGAAAACGCGCCGGAAUGCGCGGUGUGUUUGUCGGAGUUCGAACCGGGCGAACCGGGUCGGGUCUUGCCCAAGUGUAACCACAGCUUCCACUCCGAAUGCAUCGACAUGUGGUUCCACUCGCACGACACGUGUCCGUUGUGUCGCGCCCCGGUUGAGCCCCCGCCCGAACCGGAAGUGGUGAUAAUAAUCCGCGAAUCGGAACCCGAACCGGGAACCGGUUCGGGCCCUUUUGAGGGUGCGAACCGGAGCGGUUCUUCUUCGGUUGGGGAGAGGAGGAAGCCUUCGUUGGUUGGCGUGAGCGUCGAGGUGCCUCCGAGGGACGAGUCGUCGGGUUUCGACUCGCCCUCGACUCAGUCGGCGUUUCGGUCGCCGAUGAGUCGCAUGUUGUCGUUCACGAGGAUGCUCAGCAGGGAAAGAAAGGGGGGCGUGUCGCCGUCGUCGUGCGGUGGCGCUUGUAGCUCCGCGGCGGAGUCUGGCGCGGAGCGAGGUGGGCGAGAGGAGACUCAGUGAGUCGGUGACUCGGGGUGCUACGUGGCGGUAUUGUGUGGAAGGGGGUGAGUUGGGUGACACGGAGAUGUUUUGUAGAUGUUGUUUAUUUGUUGGUUGUUUGAGAGAUUCUAAAA